UUCCGGCGUCCCCACCUGCAGUCAUGGCCGCCGCCGCUGCCGCCGCCGCCGCCGGGCCUGGGGCGCCGCUGUCCCCGGACGAGCUGGUUCCCAAGGGCGACGCCGAGAAGACUGAGGAGGACCUGGAAGAAGACGACGACGAGGAGCUCGACGAGACGCUGUCGGAGCGCCUGUGGGGGCUGACGGAGAUGUUCCCGGAGCGGGUCCGCUCCGCGGCCGGAGCCACCUUCGAUCUCUCUGUUUUUGUGGCUCAGAAAAUGUACAGGUUUUCCCGGGCAGCCUUGUGGAUCGGGACCACUUCCUUCAUGAUCCUGGUCCUUCCUGUUGUAUUUGAGACGGAGAAGUUGCAAAUGGAGCAACAGCAGCAGCUGCAACAGCGGCAGAUCCUUCUAGGGCCUAACACAGGGCUGUCAGGAGGAAUGCCAGGGGCUCUACCUUCACUUCCUGGAAAGAUCUAGUUCAUUACUGCUGAUUUGACCCGUCUUGGUGGGAGAAGUUUGAAGUCAAGUAUUUGAACUGAUUCUUUGGAUUUUUUUUUAAACACUGCACAUUGAGCUAUCUAAAUGUAGUGGGGAGAUUUGUCCCCACAUUGUCUCAUGGAGAGACUCCCAACUUGCAAGCGUGCCCUCUACACUGUCCUGACUUACUUCUUCUGUCCUCACUUUGACACCAGAGUGCAGCAGUGCAGACGGUUACUCCAGCUCUGAUCAACCCUCCCCUUUCACUAAAUUACUCCCCACAGGAAGAUCUCCCUCUUCUAUUGUGGGGUAGAAACUGAUGCCACUGGGACGUGCCCCUGACCAUUAACGACUGUUUUUAAGAAUGGGGAUGCUGGGGAAGGACACGCACGCCAUAGGAAAUACAAAAAGGCACUACAGCUUAGUGUAAAGCAGCCACUGUGAGUUCUGUGUAUUUGGAAAGGAGGGAGAACCAACAAAGGGCUUCAGCCACAAGACUGAGGGGCGACAGUGGAGGCCAGAAUGGAGCGCAUUUCCUCUACGCGUUCUGGGGGUUAGACCUGGGCGUGUGUCCCGGGGAAUCAGUGCUCACUUUUUGUAUUUAAAUAUUAAAAAUUAUUCCAACUGAAAGUAUUGUCCUUGUGCUUUUGCGAUACACACU